AGAGCGGGUCAAGGGUGGCGUAGCGCCCCUCUGCUGGCUGGCGGUUGGAGGCUGCGGCGACUGCGCGUUGUGUGGUUUCCUGCAGUAGGACCUGCGCGAUCUCAGGGACCGGCGUUUUGGAGUUGCCUGCUGAUUGUGUCUGCUGGAUACCGCGUCGGGAAAGCUGAACCUUAACUAUCGAGUGCAGAACAAUGCUGAAAGGAGCAACAAGGUUUAUUUCCAGAAACUACAAGUUGAAUCCUCGAUGUUUUUUCCACAUGGGAACCCAAGCACCCCAAAGCAUUGAUGUUCAACCAGAUAACCAGGUUCCAGUUGAGAGGCCCAGAACUAUAUCCCGAACCAAUGAAACUGACCCGGCCCAGCAUGGGGAGCAGCAUGAGGGGCAGCACUACAGCGUCCCUCUGCAGGAUCUGAAGACUGUGUUUCCGCAUGGUCUGCCUCCGCGCUUUGUAAUGCAGGUGAAGACAUUUGGUGAAGCUUGUCUGAUGGUAAGGAAACCAGCCCUAGAGCUUCUGCAUUACCUGAAAAACACUAAUUUUGCUUACCCAGCUGUACGGUAUGUUCUCUAUGGAGAAAGGGGAACAGGAAAAACUCUCAGUCUUUGCCAUGCUAUUCAUUUUUGUGCAAAACACGGUUGGCUAAUCUUGCAUAUUCCAGAUGCUCAUCUUUGGGUGAAAAAUUGUCGGGAACUUCUACAGUCUACCUACAACAAACAACGCUUCGAUCAACCUUUAGAGGCUUCAACCUGGCUGAAGAAUUUCAAAAUUACAAAUGAACACUUCCUGAGCCAGAUAAAAGUUCAAGAGAAGUAUAUCUGGAAUAAGAGAGAGAGCACUGAGAAAGGCAGUCCUCUGGGAGAAGUGGUGGAACAGGGCAUUACCCGGGUAAAAAAUGCCACAGACGCAGUCGGCAUUGUCUUGAAGGAGCUCAAGAGGCAAAGUUCUUCCGGGCUGUUUCACCUCCUCGUGGCUGUGGAUGGCGUCAAUGCUCUCUGGGGCAGAACCACACUGAAAAGAGAAGAUAAAAGCCCAAUUGCACCAGAGGAGCUAGCACUUAUUUACAACCUGAGGAAGAUGAUGUGGAAUGACUGGCAUGGAGGUGCCAUUGUGUUAACUUUGAGCCAAACGGGGUCUCUCUUCAAGCGCUCAAAAGCUUAUCUGCCCCAUGAGCUACUGGGCAAGGAAGGAUUUGAUGCCCUGGAUCCCUUUGUUCCCAUCCUGGUUUCUAACUACAACCUAAAGGAGUUUGAAAGUUGCAUUCAUUAUUAUUUGGAGAACAGUUGGCUUCAACAUGAGAAAGCUCCUACAGAAGAAGGAAAGAAAGAGCUGCUGUUCCUAAGUAAUGCCAACCCUGCACAGCUGGAGCGGCUCUGUGCCUACCUCUAAGCCACAGUCCCAGAGUGCAUGGAAGACAAUGGACAUUUGCUUCAAGAUGGACCCAGUUACAAUUGGAGGUGGCACAGUGCUGAGCAGAGCAGCCAGCCCUGGUUUGGGGGAUGAGACAGGUUUGCCUUGGGCUUCAGGCCUACACUGCCUCAAGUUCCUUGUGACAUGACCGUAUACCCCUUGUUCCUAAAACUACUUCAUGUUUCUGGAUGUGGUUUUUACCUGUAAUAUAAUUGUGGAUCUUUUUCUAAAAAUAAAAAAGCAAGGCAAGAGA